CGAUAUCGACCUCGUACGCUUGCUCUGGAUAGCAGCACUGUCGAACCCUUCGCAGGCGAAGAUCGAUUUGUGUUCGACGGCAGGACCGCUCACCUGUCAUUUACUCUCAUUCAACUUCGAUACCCGAUUUACGACUUUCCCUUCGUCCAUUUUUUCCAGCAAUUCCCCUGAUUCGGCAGGCCGUUUACUCCUUUACUCACGUUCAAUUCCACAACAUGGGUUGCCUCAGCCACCGCAAGAAGCAGACCGCGGAGACGGCCGAUCAGAGAUGGGAGUACAUCAACCUGAAGGACUUCAAGGCCAAGGGUUGCGGUACCGUUUUCGCCUACAUCUACCUGUGGUUCAUGCUCAUCAUCUCCAUUGCCGUAUACGCCGUCGACAGUUUUACCGCCGUCAAUUUACUCGCCUUCAACCGCUGGUCUGGAGGCAUUGACCCAGCCAUUAACAUCGAUAUCAGCAAGUGGAUUUUCUCCAUCUGUAUCAUCCUUUCCUUCCUCAACCUCGGAUAUGAAGGUAUUCGUGCCAUCAAAGUUAUUCGGCGAGGAAAUGUUGCCGAAUGCUAUAUGGACAGUCUUGCAGUUCGAUGGGAAUCGAUCCGGUUGGGUUCUGGCUUGGGCUUCAGGAGAUUCCUUGUCUUCGCAGAGCUUACGAAGAGUAAAAAGGGCGCAGAGUACAUCGCCCUCUUUACCUACUUCAGCUUCCAGUCGUGGAUUCGUGUCAUCAUCUGCUCCGGGCCUCGCCAGGUCAUCAAUGCCUUCACAAUUAAGGCGGUGUAUGAUGCAAAGCUUGCUGCUACUUCCGACUCUGUCGGGGGCUCCAUCACCGCCUUCUUCCAGAAAAUCAAGGACCUUGCGGAGUCUGACUACCGCCAAGCGCUUACCCUCUCAGGCAUGUGCUUCACCCUGGUGAUUUGGGUCUUCUCAGCACUGUUUCUUCUCGCUGCUGUGCUUUUCUGGCUCUUCUUCCUCUGGCACUGGAUUCCUAGUGCUGAUGGUGGCCUCUCUGGUUACUGCUCACGCAAGGUCACCAAGACUUUGAUGAAGAUUGUAACCAAAACGGUUAACAAGGCACUGGCAAGGGAAGAGGCUAACCGUCUGAAAGCCGAAUUCAAAGCAGCUAAGAAGAAUGGCGAGAAACCUCCCAUGGAGCGUAUAGCAACUCUUCCCACCCUGCCAAAUGUUGGCCCCACGGACGACGACAAGAUUCCAAGCAUGCCAAUGCUGGGACGCAAUGACACUAUGGCGACACUUCCUGCUUAUUCGUCGCGUCCCGGAACCCCUGGUGGCGUGGAGUUGAGUAACAUGGACCAAAAGCGGACGCCUCCGUCGAGAACGGCCACCGGGAUGUCAAACGCAAGCUACCCAUCACGACCGGCACCUUCGAGGACGGGUACCAUGGCGUCGAACGCAAGCUAUCCACCACGACCCGCGCCUUCAAGAACAGGCACCGGGGUGUCAAACUCAAGCUACUCGUCACGAGCGCCCUUGAUCUCUACCGCCUCUGAGAUGGGUUACGGGAGGCCGCCUUCUCCUACCCCUCAGGUACCCAACCUGGACUACGAUGGCUAUCCCCAGUCCCAACCCACCAUGCCUAACUCGCAUGGCAACUUCGGUCCCCAGGCUCCUUUCCGCCCAAUGUUGUCAACUUCGAGUGGGGAUCGCUUUACCGAAACCCCUGCCCCCAUGCGUGGCGAGACACUGCCAUUCCCUCCCCCAGCUCGUGCGCCGAGUGCGCGACCCAUGGACAGCUAUUCGCAAUCCGGAGGAUCUUUCGUAUCUUCGCCGAUAUCCGCGCCAGCUCAAAGAUCAUACGAGGCCUAUAAUCCAGAUGGCCAGACGAGCCCCGUCAACUCCAAUUGGGGUGGACAACAAAGAGCCAUGGACCAACCCAUGCGAAACGCUACGGCUCCACCUCAGCCAGAUGGCCGGGCGAGCCCAGCACCGACGGCCAACUCCAACUGGGGCGGGCAACAAAGACCCAUUAAUCAGCCUAUGCGAAGUGCUACAGCUCCACUGCAGCCAGACGGCCGGGCCAGCCCAGCACCUACGGUCAACUCCAACUGGGGUGGGCAACAAAGACCCAUGAACCAACCCAUGCGAAGUGCUACUGGGCCACUUCCUCCCCGCGGACCCCAGUACCCUCCGCAACGGAACAUGACGGCCCCAACGCAGGCUCUUCCGCCAGUUGGAGGAUUUCAAGACCGAUAUUCAACGACUUCCUCAGUGACCUCCAAUUCAGUUGCUCCUUCUUCGAUGGUUCUCCCAGAGAAUGCUAUGAGAGCUUCCCCUGCGCCUCGCAUGGGUCCUUCGCCUGGCCCUGGUGGGCCACCUCAAGGAUAUGAUGUUGAAUCUCAAAGGGGACGAGAACGCUGGAACUAAGAAAUGACGUCGAUGGAUAUUUAAGGAUCGAUUUUGAGGAGGCUUAUUAACGAUUUUAACGAUCCGGGGCCAAGGAGUUGGCAUUGAAAAGAGGCCUAGCGUCUGAUGUAAUAUUGAUAUCCUAUUCUGCAUUCAGGGGGCUGGAAUUGAUAUGAUUGGGGUAUUUGAAGUCGCGUUUAGCUCGGCGAAGUACAGCGAUGUUGCAGUGAGGGCUGACUGGACCGUGACGUGACU